AUGGAGUUUGGAGUCACACACACACAGCAACACGUCGGCGGACCGACCUCCACCGGCUCGGCCUCACAUCGCCACCCGAUCUUCAUCCUGUCUCCGCCCACAUCGCCGCACGACCUCCACCCUUACACUGCCCACAUCGCUGCCGACUGCAACUCCCUCUUACGGAUUCCAGCUUCUCUGGCAACCGCGGUCUGUGCACGCUUGUUACGUCAUAGUGCACACCUGUCGGAGAAGACCACCGUCUCGUCCCGCCUGCCAACAUCCAUUGACCGCCGUCUCCAUCGAUCCACUCCCUCGCUCGCCGGAGUCCCCACCAUCGGCGCUCCCACUGCCGCCGACUACCCGCUUGUCGUCACCUGCUUCUCCAACCUCAUACCGGAGUUCUGCUGCCGCCACCACGAUGAAUCUGCCACCGGCAACCACGCCUCUGGCCAUAGUGCUCACAGCCUUCCACCGCCUUCAAUGAAAGCCUCACGCCAGAGCACUUCUUCGUUACUCCGACCACUUCAUUCGACAAGCACCAGACCGACCACCCCUAGCCGUCUACAGCGCCAUGGUCGG